AUGAACGCCGCGGCCAUAAUUAGUCGUCGCGUCGCGUUCGCGGCCGUCGCCAACCGCCCCGACGGCGUGAACGGCGCCGCGCGCGUCCGCGGGAUCCCGUCAACGGCUGUCCCGACAGCCUGGCCCGGACACGGCACUGGGCGGGCGAUGCGUUCCCACCGCGGCGUCGCGCUGGGCCGCCCGACGCGAGGCGCGAGACUCGCGGUGAUCACGGACCCCAAGGACACCGCCAACUCGUUCGACGAGCAGCUCAUGGGCGAGGAUGAGGUCUUCCUGCCCGCCAGGGAGGAGUACCACCACGAGUCCCCCGUCGUCGACGCGAACGACGGUUCGACGGCCGGGAGUGCCGCUCAACGGCAACAAUCGCGCGCCACCGCCGCUCCGUCGGCGCGCGGAUUCUCCACCUCCGCGACUGCGGAGUUCCCACCGCCGCCGACGACGAUCGAGUAUGAGGAUCUCGGACCGAACGUCGAGCUCGCGCGCGUCGUCCGGACCGACAGCGCCGACGCGACGCGCGCAGACACCCGCGAUGUUGACUCGCGAUUAUCCGUGACGCGCGAGGCGCUCCCGGUGCUCGUGGGCUGGUUCGGGUGCAAGCGCUCGCACCUGCGCAAGUACGCCAAGAUGUACGCGGAUAUCGGCUACGACAACGUGGUUUGCGUCAUUCCGCCCACGGCGUCCACGCUCUUCCCCGCCCUCGGCGACGCCUUCGCGGCGUCCGCGCUCGAGAGCGUCGUCAAGGCCAAGGCUCGAAUCGCCGAGCUAAACGACGAGGACGCCGCCGACGUCGACGACGACUCCAACACGGACGACGUCUCCACAUCUGGCGUGGUGCUCCACAUCUUCAGCAACGGCGGGUAUCUCUUCGCGGGUAACAUCGCGCACGCGCAGACGGGCUUCGUCGCCGACACCGAGAUGCCCCUGGGCGACGUCUCCACGGCGCUGAGGCGCAAGCUGGGAUUCGCCCCCGACCCGAAACUCGCCAGGGACUUCACCCAAAACGUCGUCGCGCUCGUCGUCGAUAGCGCGCCCGGCGAACUGGAGCCCGGCAUGGUCGCCGCGUCCUUCGAGGCUGUGCUGGAAGGUAAGGCCGCGCCCGAGCCGGAAGGUGGUGCCGCUCCCUCGGUGACGCUCCAGCAGACGGCGGCGGCUAUGCUCGCGUGGCCGCCAAUCGCCAAGAGGCUCCGAUACGUCGACGCCGCGUGGGGAGGUUUUCCAGCCGUGACGGGGAACAGGUGGAGCGGCGACGCGCGUGGUAAGCAGGGUAACGCGGCUGAGGUUGCGUUCGCGAGCGCGGAGCGGAAGCUGCAGCGAUUGAGAUUGGCCAACGAGGACGGCGCGAGGACCAAGGCUAAGAUUGCUCGGAACCUCUGCGACGAGCGCCCGGGCGGCCGCGGCUUGCUCUGGUGCCCGGCGAUGUUCAUGUACAGCAGGGCGGACCCCAUCAUCCCGUGCGAGCAGGUCGAGGCGUUCGCGACGGCUCGCGCGAUGAGGCUGGGACGGACGGCGUCGGCAGCCACCGGCGGAGAAGGCGCGGGGGGCGGAUUGGUGACGAUGAAGGCUUGGGACGACGCGCCGCACUGCGAGAUGGGCCGGGUCGAUCCGGAGGGGUACCAACGCGCGCUGAAAGAGUUCCUCGCGCCGCCCGAGCUGGAGGAGUGCGAGGCGUCCUUCUCCAACAACAUAAUCAAACCCUGGAACAGGGACUGA